AUGGAGCUGAGACCUGAUGCCAGCCACAAGGAGAAUGUGCCCCCCAGGCCGGCAACCUCCCUGAGGCCAGGCAAGAGGUUCAAGCCACGGAGACUCCGGAAGAGCCUGGGUGUCGGCCUGGCCAGUAGACGUGGCCGGUGGGUGCCCAUGGGCCUAGCUGAGAGGGGAGGGCCUGCUGCCACACCGUGCCCGGGGACAGCGCUGCGCCAGGAGCCUUGCCGAGUCCAGAGCAACCUGGCCAGCCCCAGCCCCAGCCUGGGCCUCGUCCUGAGGGACAUGACCGGCCGGCUGACCAACUCAAGCUUCCGGAAGCAGGACAACCUGCAGCCCUUGGUUGGGAGACCCCAAGGGAGAGUCCAAGACUUUGCGAUCCAGCAAAGUAACUUGUGUGCUAGGGAGACCCACACGGCUGAGUGUGGACGUCUCACCAGCCCCCAGCUCUGGUCAGAACCUCAGGAGAGCUUCCGGCCCCACCUGAUGCCCCAGGGAAGCCCCCUACCCCAAGGGCCACUUGCUCGCCCAUCCUCCAGUCUGAGGCAAUCUUGGCUGCUGGCCACAGAUACCUCUUGCCCAGACAUCGGGCUUGCUACAGGGCUGGCCCCACUCAAAGGGCCCACAUGGUCAGACCCCAGAUCCCGGUGUGGCCUGGGGGGCUGGACCUCCAGGCUCGUGGGGGAACCCCUGACCCUGAAAGACCUGGCUGUCCCUGCCCAGAGCCCACCUCGGGCCCCAUCCCAAGCUGCCAUUCACCAGCUGCUGGUCUGCGUUCAACGCCUGGAGUGCCAGGCAGUGCGGCUCAGGUGCCAGGCAUCCCGGGAAUUCCCAGGCCCUGUGUGGCAGGAGCCCUGGACCAGAGCUGUCCAGACACUCCCUGUCCACCCCCAGCUCAGCCAGCCUGUUCUUGAUUCCUGGGAUGAGAGGAGGAGACACUCCCGAGGCCUCAGGGAAACUACUAGUUUCCCAGAGACUCCGGGGCCCCAGGAGGGUCUCUCAGACUCUCAGGCAAGCAGCAACCAUGGAUCGCUGGGGACCACUCUGGCGAUGCUGCCUGGGGAUGCCCUUGACCCUGAGCAGGUGGUCCUUUCUGCCUGCACCCUAAGCUGGCAGUGGCUGUCCAGAUGUUUCAGAGCAUGGUGGCGCUGGGCACGGCGGCGGCGGACAGUGGCGGCGGCUGUGGCCCUGGGCCGGCGGCAGCUGUUACGCAGGGGUCUGCAGGCACUGCGGCGGGCACUGUGGCUCCGGGAGGCCCAGCUGGAGGCAGCGUGGAGGCAACACACACAGGCCCUGCUGGCACAGACCUUCCAGAAGUGGAGACACUUAAUUCAGCAGCACAAACAAGGGCAGCCUCACGUCCAGGCUGGGCCAAGACCCCUGUCCUCCGGGGGAGACCAGGACCAAGGCCCCUCAGGAAGGAAGCCGGUGGUGGACGGUGCCUGGAGAAGCAGGCCAGAUGGAGGCGAUAGGGGAGUCCUGAUCCUGCAGGCUCUGCACCAGCUGACUGUCUUCCUCCUGUGGUGCCAUCAGAAGGAAUGGGCCAGGCAGGAGGAGGGGGUCCAGGGAGGGGCCUCCCAGGCCAUGCUGAGGACUCGGAGGAUAGGGAGGCCCCCCCACACCUGGCGCUUUCCUGCUGCAGGGGCAGCCUGGGUGGUCCUACUGGACCCUCAGCAUCGGAGAGCCUGUCUCUGCAGGUGCUUUGGGGCCUGGCAGCGUUUCGUGCAAAGAGGGACCCGGUACCGGGCCCAUGUGGCCAACCGCCAGGCAGGGACCCUGAGGACAUGCUUGCAGCAGUGGGUACAGAUGAAGCAGCUCCGGGCGUCAGACGGAGCGAAGGUGGCCCAGCUGUCUCGGCAGAAGGCAGGUGACCAGUCUGGUGGUGCCCAGCUCUGCGCCUUUCCAGCACCCCCAGCCACGGGUGAGGUGCGACCCUGGCACUCCCCUGCCCCCUCCUGUAGCUCCUUCUUCAAGGGCAUGCAGUGGCGGGCACUGCGGCAAAUCCUGAGGGACUGGCGCCUGAGAGCACGAGAUGCGGGCAGCGCCAGGAUCGCCUCAGCCCCAGAUCCGCUGGGCAGCACCCUGGGAGGGGAGGCCCCGCCAGACCACAGUACACACCGGAGAAGCUCCUGGGACAAGGCUUCCAGGGCCCCUGCCCUCCUGGAGAUGCUCCGGUUGAGCUUUCUGUGGGCAGCAGGUCGGCGACAGCAGGGGCAAUGCCUUCUGCUCUGGCGGGCACGGGCCCAGCAGUCCCGGGACACAGCGAGGUGGCACCAGAGCAAGCUUCAGAGGCGCAUCCUCCUUGACUGGAGCCACUGGGCAAUAGCCCAAGGGGCCCGGAGAGAGCUGGCUGCCCGCUGGGCCUGGGAUCGGAGGGGCAGGGCCGCCCUGGGCCUGUGGCGGCAGCGGCUGGUACAGCGGCGGGAGGUGGAAUGGCGGGCCCGGGAACGGGGCCGGAGACUGCAGCGACGUGCCCUGGGCCACUGGCACUGCUACUGGCAGAGACAGGUGUUCCUGCAGGAGAAGUGCCAGCGGUGGGUGCAGGCCCGCCUCCAGGGCCUGCGGAGGGCCGUAUUCUGGGGCUGGCAGCAGGCGGCAGCUCGCCGGAGACCCGCGGCAGCCAGUCCAGAGCAGCUCCUACUGCAGAGACACUUCCAGGCCUGGUGUGGAGUCGUGAAAGCCUCCUGGGCCAAGCGUCCAGCCUUCCAAGAUGGUCUGAGGAGACGGAUACCCGGGGCCACAUUUGCCAGUGAGGCCCAAGCGGCCACAGCCCAGCCUCGGGAGCUGCGUGUGGCCCGGGCCUCCUGCUGGAGAAGCCAAGAGCAGGGCUGCCAGGCAGACAGGCAGCUGAGGAGGACCUGGGCCCAGCAGGCCUUUGUUGCAAGGCGAGUGGCCCUGGGCCAGUGUUGCAAGGCCCAUCGGCAGGCAGGAGAGAGCUCCAGGGCCCAGGCUCUUUGCUGGAUGCUGUGGGCACGUGAGUCCUGCCAGCACCGACUCCUUCAAGACCAUGCUGUCCCGACUCUGAGCGCCAGGGUCCUAGAGACCUGGACCCAAUCAGCGACUCGGGGCCACGUCCAGCGAACUGCCAUCACCCACUUCCAGCAGGCUGGGCCCAGGCGCUUCCUGCGAACCCACUGGGCCCAGUGGCGGACAGCGCUGCUCAGAGUGACAGAAAAGGAAUCCUGCCAGGUCACCUGGGUUCAGGUUUUUCUCUUCGUUCCUUCAGACCCGCAGCUGCAGGCCACGGGCCAUGGGGCCCAGCCCAACCCAGCACCACAGCCCCAGUGGACGGAUGCGGGGAGAAGUGUCCUGGGCUCAGACUCCAGCUGCAGGGGCCCAGGUGUGCCUGCUGGGCCCCAGAGCAGCGCCCUGUGGGGCCAAGAGGGGACUGCAGCUCCGAGAUCAGAGACCUCGAGGGCAAGAAAAGGCAUCUGGGGUAAGAGCGAAGGGUGUGCUGCUCGUCCCACAGGAUCCCAGGGGAGGAAAUACCUGCAGUGCUGGCGACUUGAGGCCCGGCUGCGCCGGCUGCAGAGCUCUCAGCAGGCCAGGCUCCGGGCAGCCAUGUGGCAGCGCUGGGUAGAUGCUCAGGGGGCAGAGAGGCUGGCAUGGACACUCCUCAGGCAGUGGCACCUGAGAUGGGCCUGGCGACUGUGGCGGGGGCGCAUCCUGCAGUUACAGGUGGCUCAGCGGUUACAGCGACAGGAGGACGGCUGGGCCUUUAACAAGUGGCACCAGUGUCUGGCAGCCAGGGGCGUGAGGGCCAGAGCCAGCAGCAGCAUGAGGCCCUGGAGCAAGACAGGCCUCAGGAGGCCUGGAAGCAGAACGGAAGCUGCCAGAGCCCCAGCACUGGGUGGACCUGGGGCGGAGAAGGGGGCCCAGCUGCAGCUGUGA